AUAAUAACAAAAAAGAUGGCAGACCAAAAAAUGAAAGCAGAAGCGUUAACUAACAAAGAAAUGGUUCAAGACACAGCAUUAUUACAUGUGUACAAUCUGUUAGUUGACAAAGGAUUAAAGGCAUUUUUUUCUGCCUUUUAUCAAGAACUGCAAGUUGAGAAACCUGAUGAUUUUUUAAAGAUUUCUAUUACUGAUCUGUACAACAUUGGAAUUGUGUCUAGCUUGAACAUCAAAAGAUUUGAAAAUAUUAUUUUGGAAGUACAACAACACACAACUUUAAAAAAUGCUAAUUAUGAGCAAGAUAAGGACAAUUCUUUUGUUGUUGACUUGAUGUUACUGAAUCAAGAACCUGUUGUAAUCUGCUCAAAUGAAAUCAGUUGCAAUGAGGUUUUGGGAUCUGGAAAUUUUGGAAAAGUUUUCAAAGGGACAUGGUCUAAAAAAAAUUACACCAACAAAGUGUUAGAAGUACCAGUGGCAGUUAAAACAUUAGCAGAUGGUGCAGAAAUGUCAUGGAAGAAAGAAGUUUCUAUCUUUACAGCUCUCAACCAAAACCAUCCUAACAUUCUAAAGUUUUAUGGUUUGCUAAUUGGUGAGCAAGACGAAGUUAAAAUGGUGACGGAAUUUGCUGCUUGUGGUUCACUUCUUCAUGGCUUGAAAGCACGAAAUAUCACAUCGAUUGCAACACUUGCUCAAUUUUCAGUUCAAAUAGCUACCGGCAUGGUGUUUUUGCACAGUAAAAACCUCGUUCACCGAGAUUUGUCAGCUCGAAAUAUUCUAGUCACAGCAAAAAAUCAGGUAAAAAUAAGUGAUUUUGGUCUAUCAAAAAUUCUGGAUGAUACGACAAACGAGUGGGUUAUGGAGUCAAACGAAAUGUUACCAAUGAGAUGGCUUGCUCCAGAAUCUUUUAAUAAUGGUAUAUUUACUAUGGAUUCAGAUGUAUGGAGCUUUGCUGUUGUAUUAUGGGAAAUGUUUACAUUUGGUGAUUUACCGUGGUCGGAGUACAACAAUGAGGAGGUUAAAGAAAAAAUUCAAGCCGGUAUACCUCUACGUGAACCCAAUGUAUGCCCGCAUGGUUUUUAUGAUAUCAUGUUAAUGUGUUUUUGUUUUGAUCCUGAUGAGAGACCUCCAUUCCACAUAAUCAGAGAUGAAUUGAUUGCACAACAACCCGAUACAGUUUUAACGUCAGCUGAACAGAGUGGUUAUCACGUGUUAAACUUUAAAAAGAAUGAAUAUGUUACAGCAAUCAAACCAAUCAGUGAAACAGAUGUCGAUUUGUGGCUAGGUCAGCACGAAACUUCCCUUCUGUUUGGUUGUUUCAGCUUGACUUCGACAGAUGUAAUCGACUUUAAUCUUCCUCUCGAACAAACCACGAACGAUUUACAAAACAAAGUUGAGGAGGUCAACAUAACUGCCGAUCAAUCGUCGGAAUCGCUACACUUCACCGUUGAUGAUAUUCGUGAAGAAGCUUCUUAUCAGCUUGCGAGGAAUGCUUUGUGUUGCGUCGAAACGACACGUACCCGCAGUGAAAGUCAACCUGUUGUUUCAAUGACAACACAUGACGAAAACGUCUCGCUCUCUCGCGACACCCAUGUAGCUGCAACAAGAGUGAAAGAGCUGCGGUCUGACGAACAACCGAGAUUGCGUCCACAAUCGGCUGAUUUUAGUUUGAAUCAGACAGAAAGAAAAAAACAUCAAGAAAAGUAUAUCGUUCAUAGUUUGAAAUCUGAUUCAGACUCGAAAUUAAUUUUUAAAGAUAUAAAUCCAGUUGUUCAGGAAACUGUAAACGACCGUAUAUCUCGUAAUAUGAAAGCCUUUCUUACAGCCGUGGAGAAAAGUGAUAAUAUGGGAGUCUCACCGAAGGAGGAACAGUAUUUAGUACCUGUUGAUGUAUCAAUAGCGCCUUCGCUAGAUCAUAUAAUCAAUUCUGUUGACCCUUACCCAAGAUUAAAAGCGUUAUCACAAGAAAAUAUUUACGAAGACACACCUAAUGUCAAACAAACCAAAAUCAGUGAAAGAUGUCAUAGUUCUGAAAAUUUAAUACAAGGAUUGGCGAAAAGACCGAGGCCGAAAGCUAAUACUAAGCGACCAAUCAAUAUUGAAAAACAGUCUCAAAAUGCGUCUUGCGUUAAGCAAGAUGUUUGGCAAAUUGCGUCUUCUUCUUGUGGUAUACAUGAAAAAUUACCAAAAGGACUGACUAAGCCAGAAUUGUAUACAAAAGACGUUUCGCAUGCCACUUCUCUAAGCGACAAAGAAAACUUGACUCCGUCUUGUUAUCGUAAUGGACCAAUGUGUAGAGUGAACAAAGCGUUUGAACACGAUCAAUGGAUACAAAAGUUUGAUCACAUAGACAGUACGACGUGUCUUGCGAAAAGGCAACAUAAACAUUUAAGUUUCGAUCUUGUAGAUGGUAAAGCAUCAGCCAUCUCAUCUGCUAAAGAAAAAACAAAAAGUACGGUUACGAAAUACAAAAGCAACGACUGGCAUGUGUUUGAGAAUAGUAUACAAGAUCCGAAAAAAGUUCAUAAAAUACGUCGAAAGGGUUCCGAUCGGAAAAUUCACGAGACAAGUUGGCCGUCCGACAUGUCGAAAAUGAGUCGUGAAAUGAAGGAGGAGUUUAGUAGACAAUUCAAAAAAAUCAAAACGUUACUACCAACUGCGAAUGUUACCGAAUGCUUGGAAGGUUUACGAUACUGCGGUAAAAAUGUCGAAAAAGCUGUUCAGUAUAUCCAAGUUGUAAAAUUAACUCGCGCUAACUUUGGAUAUUCUUUCGAACAUUGUUUAAAAAUAUUCCAAAAGCAUAACGAAAAUUACACGGAAGCCGAAAAAAGUUUGAAGUUGCAAUUUGUUUGGGAACAGUUUAAAUAUUUGGAUAAAGAACAGGUACGGGAACUUCUUGUUAUCAACAAAUGGGACAUCAAAAGAACUUUGACAACUGUCUUCAUUCAAAAUUGCGUGGAAAUCGGUGUGAACGAGAAAGAAGCGAUCAGUAUAUUCUUGGAAUGUGACCAAGAUGUAGCAAAGUCAUUGGAAAUGGCGAAAAUUGUUCGCCUCGCUGAAAUAACGAAUAAACCGGAACAUACUUGUUUCCGUGUUUUAACGCAAUGUUCAUGGAAGUUAGAAAAUGCUGUUGAUUCGAUAUACGCCGGUACUUAAAUAAAUUUUUUGUUAUAUUUUAUUCUACGAUGUUAGAAAUUUACAAAUCUUUUUGAAAGAAAAUUUUCCAGACAUUAUUUGAGUAACGAAUCUUAUUUUCUUGUCCGUGUGAUCAUUUUUGUGUUUACUUUUUUUUUUCUAUGUUAUUGAAAAGAUUUUUUCGAGGUUUUGUUCUUCAGAGAUUUAUAAAUUUUUUUUAUUUCAUGAAAAUUUAUACUAUUUAAUAUGCAUUAAAAAAUCUAAGUUGUAAAAAUUGAGAUAGAGAGAAAAAUUAUCAAACAUUAAUAAAACAUCACACACGAUGGUUUAUCAUCAGUAUGAUCUAAGAGGAUAGGUGUGAUUGAGGUUUUCAAAAAUGAUCGGGGCCACAAUUCGGUAUUUUGAAGCCACUUUUAAUGACCUGGCGGUAAGUUUUGGGUAUUACCAUGAAUUUACAAAUAAGGAC